GAUACAUAAUACAAAGCCUUGCAGCUCCCUGCCUCAUUCUGUUCGCGCACCACCAGUCAGGUCCGCCAUGACUUCCUACUCGCUGCUGUACUUUAAUGGGAGGGGUCGGGCGGAGGUGAUCCGACUCUUGUUCACACUGCAAGGACAGAAAUUUGAAGACAAGAGAGUCACGCAUGAAACAUGGCAUGCCAUAAAACCCAAUACUCCCUUUGGCAAGAUGCCGGUGCUGACAAUCGAUGGCAAAGAGUACACCGAGAGUCUGGCCAUUGCCAAAUUCCUUGCCAAAGAAUUCGGGUUUUAUGGCUCCAACAACCAGGAGGAGUACGAAAUAGACCAGAUCACCGGCAUGUGCCAUGACCUCUUUCUAGAAUUAGUCAAAGAGUUCUUUGAACAGGAUAGUGACCGGAAGGCAGAAAUACAGCGGAACCUGAAAGAAAAAACGAAACCAAGAAUUGUCGGAAACCUCGAGAAAGUAUUGUCUGCCAAGGGUAACGGUUAUUGCAUUGGCGAGACGUUGAGCCUCGGUGACCUUGUUAUCUACGAUACCCUUGACGGGAGGGUAGAAGAUGACAUCAUCGACAAGAACCCCAAUGUCAAGGCCGUCAUGAACAACGUCAAAUCCAACGACAGAAUCGAGGCCUAUCUGGCAGCAAGGGUCCCUACGGCCAUGUAGCGGUGUUCUCAGUGGAAUACGACUCUUGUGUCCACAGUUAUCACUGGUUACCUAACAGAGAUGUAUAUCCUCUUGCAUAAUCCAUAAUGGAAAUUUAUCAUCGGAUCACACACAGAUUGGGAAAUGGCAGCAAACGAACCAUACAUGUCACAGCCGUAUAUAUGUUCAUGUGUAUUAAAAAUCUUAUAUGAAAGGCA